UUAUGACGUUUCCAUCGAUUAACAAGAACGACAACUUAGUAUAAUGGUUCCUGGUUCGGGUCCCGUGUUCUGAUGAAUGACGGGCACCAGCUAAAGUUGCUCUUCAACGAAAAAUGACCGAGCGCGAAAAGGAUCCUUAUUAUUUGGAAGUUCCUUGCACCAGCACUACUGGGGGACUCCAAGCCACAUGGGGUCUUGGGAAUCGGUUAUUUGUAUUUCCAGGCAAAAAAGGAACACUGUGUACAGGUUCUGAUAAGACAAGGGGUGUUCCUGUAAUAAACGAGGUGCGAUGGGAAACCGACAUGCAUGGUCCUGUAACACGAAAGUUGGUGAAUGAAACUCAUAACAUAUUUGUGGCUCUACAGGCCAGGGCCUCAGAAACCUCAGGAACAGCAUUGAAACCUUUGUUGGUGAAAGCAAGCAAGCAGUAUCGGAGUGUACUUAAGGCAUGUAGCCUGGAUGUGUACAGCAUGACAGAGGGUUGUGAUGAUGACGAUGAAAAGAAGGCGGUCCUUGAAGAGCAGAUGAAGAUUUUCAACAUGACAGAACUGAUCUGGAGCCUGUGUGAGAUACUCUGGAUAGAUGUAGCUCCAGGAGGCCUGGUGAUCUCUCAGCUGUUGGAGUGGUUGAGGUGGCAUUUCACAGAGGGGGAGCAGCUGUUUGCAGAAAUCACACGGGAAGAGUUUCCUGACCAGCAUGUAACCUACUGGGACUGUAUCUACAGACUACUGCUUCAAGGCCAGGUGGACAAAGUGAGGAUACUUCUCUCUCAACAUCCAUCAUUCAGAAUUGAUGCAUUUCAAAGCAUGGACGAAGUUCUCAGAAAGAUGCCCCUGUUCAGUCAAUUGCAGAGAGGUAACUCUGUCGCUGAGUUUGACAUGAAAUGGCGACACUGGAAGGAUGACUGUGAGCGACGUUUGGAGUCUGGGGAGUUUGCAGCGGCCCCUAACCUUGAUACCAUCGCAAGGAUCCUGUGUGGGGAGGACAGGGUGUUCUCCGACCUGAAGGACCUCUGUGAAACCUGGUAUCACAUGCUUGUCUCUAAGAUGCUCUACCAGAAACCCACUGUCAAGUCUGUGGAUCUACACUACUAUGUACAGACAUGCAUGGAUGAGUUCAGGAGUGACGGUCGCAAGGGGGAGAUGGACAGCAUUCUUCUCUCUGCAAUGGAGUUUGACAUUCUACAGGUCAUCAAGGACUGCAGUGCAGUGUUGAGUGGAUGGUGGUUUGUAGCCCACCUGACAGAUAUUCUGCACCACUGUGGACAGCUGGAAUCUCACAGAAUGGAGUUUGGUACUAACCUGCGUGAGUAUUUGCUACUGGAGUAUGCGACCAGUCUGAUGUCUCACCAGAGUCUGUGGCAGGUUGGAGUGGAGUACCUGGACAGGUGUGCUGACAUUGGCAGACAGUAUUUGGAGCACUUUAUGGAAAAUAUGCCAAUAGAGACAGAGAGAAAGGCGUACAAGCUGCUCAAUGUAUGUGAGAAGAGGAAUAUGUCUGAACAAGUGAAGAGUAUUUGCAAGGUGAUGGGUAUGAGAUGUAUGAAGAACAAGCGUCUGGGUGCAGCAUUGUCAUGGUUUCUGAGGUCCAAGGAUGUGGCCUUUGCAACUGUCAUAGCCGAGAAGUUCCUGUCAGAGUACAAUGAGCAUGGUGUGUUCUCCAACCUGGAUCUCAUAGACAACCUGGGCUCCAGCAUGCUGAUAAGCAGCCGGCUGACGUUCCUAGCCAAGUACAGGGAGUACCACAAGUUGUACCAGGAACGGGAAAUGUUUGCCGCAGGGUCACUACUCCUUUCUUUGCUCACAUCAAGACUGGCCCCGCGCGAGUUCUGGAUAACCCUGCUGAAAGAUGCCAUUACCUUGUUGGAAGCAAGAGAAUGUAUCUAUGGCAGCAAGGAGACAUUUGAGCUCAUGCACAGUCUAGAGGAGCUCACCAAGGACAGAAAGUUCCUCAGUCCAGACAAGGACUCUGAUGAUAUUUCAGAUCUUAGGGAAACAAUAGACCUGCUAAACCUGUCCCUUACCAGAAAUCUAGCCCGAUCCAUUGUCAUAGAAGGCGUGGUUAAACCCAGCUAGUGCAGUUCUAGAUGCUUGUGUGAGACUUCUGUGACCACAAGACUGUGUUCAGAACAGGCUUAACCCUUUCACUCUCAGAAAAAAAGUGACAAUGGCUAUAUGCAAUCUGCAUAAUACCAGAACAGCGAGUAACUUGCAGUCUAUUCAGGUUUUAUGCUGUUUGCUGCUCAUCAGUGUCAGGAAAUGAAGCCUGUAAAACUUGAAUCUGUUAAGAAAAGUUUUACAUAAAUUUUGAUUUUCUUAAGGACUUCAAAUCCGUCAAAAGUGUAUCUGAGAGUUGAAAUCAACAGUUGCUAUGCAACAGGUGUCAAUGAUGCUUGUUUCUAAGUGUCAAUGAUGCUUGUUUCUUCUUUCCACAGGAACUUAAAUUUUCCAAUUAAGCUUACAGCCAAAAAUAAGUUUAGAUUGAAUACAGUUAAUACUACAAAUACACUAAAUAUCACAAUUUGGUGUAGUAUGAAUAGUAAGAAUGCAGUAAAUAUACUUGCAUUUGAAUUGGAAAGUAUAAAAUAUAAAAAUACUACUUUAACAAUGUAAUGAAUGUUAGGUUCCUCAGGUAUACUGAGAAAUUUAAAGCAUCACACUGCUCUCACAUAAAAUAUGGGCCGUGCUGAUUGAAAAGGAGGUUUAUUGCAUGUGUGUAAAGUGUCCUCCCAGAUAAGCCUGUGUAGUCUGUACGGGCUACUCAGGGACAACACUUUCCGCAAUAACUUGUUUUUUGCUAAGAAGAGACUUUCUUGAUACAUAAAAUAUCAUAAAAGCGGAAAGAGUCGUCUCUGAUUAGCCUGUGCGGACUGUACAGGCUUAUCUGGGACGACUCUUUACGUACAUGCAUUAAACCCCUUUUCCACGGAGCACGGCCCAUAUGGAUGACAUGUUUUUGUUAAAUUUGCAGAAAUCAGUUCAAUAUAAUAAUAAACUAUCACAAAAGUAUGGAGACUUAUGUGUGGGUGAAUUACUAUGUACUGUUAUUAUAUUGAUGGCAUAUCAAGAUACUAUUAACGAAGAACAAACUUUUUAGUUUGUUUUUGCGUUUAUCCUUAGUUUAUGAAGUGAUUUAGGCAAUAAACUGGAAAGUAUUAAUAAUAAAUUUGGAUAAUACAUGUAACAGUUCAUCCAUUAUUGGGGAUGAUAAAUAUGUGCAUAUAUUGAUGAAAGAAAGUUAAAACAAAGGGCACUGCAAGACUGUAUGCCUGUAAAUAAGUUUAUGAACGCCAAGAUUUACGUUAUGUCGUAUGAUCUACAGGUAUGCACCUAUAGCACAAAAAGAUAACGUUAUUGUAUUUUUGUGUGAAUAAUAAUGAACAAUAUUCUGUAUAUUUUGUAAUAAAUUUUUUGCUGCUAA